GUAGGUUGUGGGAUUCUGGAUCAGUACCUAAGAGCUACGUAGUAGAGGCACAGCGGAGUAGUAGAUUGCGACGCAGCUCACGGAGGACACAUGGAGUCUGGAACGAUGAUGUUGCUGAUCCUCUAGCAGUGAAGACCUCGUAUUCGGAGCGGUACAGUAAGAGGGACUAUUUUGGUAUCAGCGAAGAAGACACUUUCGACGCGGAAAGAUGCUGUAAAAAAGAAGUCUUAGAAGAUACAGAUACUUAAUUCUGAUUUACUCCUUGGUUUCUACAACUACAACAAGCAAGGAUAGUAACCUCAAGACUUGAAGAACUCGUGGCGAGAUGCUAUAUCCAAACAAACUUCUACAUCACGAGGAUCUACUAAAUGAUUUUUCAAUUGUCCUAGGUAUUUUUAUGGGGAAGGUGACGAAAAUGAUCCUCUCCAUGAGGACGAAGAACCAGCAAAGCUUGUUAUUGAAGGAAUACAGCCUGAGUACGAGAUUCCGAUGGUGCAGAGCGUUUUAAUGUGCGCUUGUGCGUCCUUCCAGUAUCUUUGUGCCUUGCUGCAUAGCUGUUUGCCGAUCAUUCGCGUUUGCGAGUUGGGAUACGGUACUCCCCCAGCUGAGAACGAGGAGAUUGGAGAUCAGGAGAAAGCUCGGUCGAUGGUCAUGCUGGUAAUCCGAAAUCACUAGAACUACCAGAAUGAAUUUAUGCUUGUUGCCUAGAAGCACUACUAGUACUAUGAAUACUAGAUUUACUACUCAAUGUAGGUUUUUAUCCGCAUUUUUUACGAUUUCUUUUUUCUUGACCAAAAAAACACCGAACACCCAGAUCAUUAUUUUGGUUCUCAUGCUGCUCUCCGCCUUGAUUUGCAACGCGAUGUUAUGACAGAGGAAAAUCAGUACUGCAGAAUGCAAGCGACCCUAAUGCAAAUAAAGAGCAGACUCUCAACAAAUAAUAUGCAUUCAUACAACUUAAAGUUAGAAUUUGUUAGCAACGCCGCUUCCGAGGAUUUGCUUUGAAUGGACGAGGGAGAGUAUUGAAUUUUUUUCCUCUCAUGGCUCUCUGGCUGCUGCCUUUGUCUUGCUUGUCUGAGGGUGCAUUUAGUGGGAGAAAGUAAAUCGAGCAAGGUCGCCGGUUGGACGGCGGUAAUUGUGAAUGCUGUAGUUGUGUGCCUUAAGAUUUGGACAACACCAUUGUUCACUUUGUUCCUCUGCUUUGUUCUUGUUAUCUUUGACAAGAUUAUAUGUCAGAUAGUCUUCUUCAUGUGAAGAAGAACGAGAUGAAACAAUCGAGUACACCUUGAAAAAUCAUUUGCGUAACUAAUGCAGGAAUCAUAAGAAAAUCACUUGGACAAGAAGAUGCAUGGCGCAUCAUCUUUGUCUUCAUCUUCAAGCAACAUGUUUUCAUAUUAUUACCUCUAAUGGCCUGGCUGCUGUGCGGUGGUGGUGCAUGGGGAGCCAACAUGAGAUGCCGGAAAGUUGGUAUCACCGCUCGCAUCAUUAUACAUCUGGUGUAGUUUUCAGAGAGUGAGUCUACAUUUCGAUUGUUGUUGAUGAGAAUGAAUCUUUUAUAUUGUUGCACGCCUGAAUCAGGAGUCAUAUUUUCUUUGUCUACAACAGCGGGAUUGGCAGAAAAGAGUCGAUCGGCUUUAUGGUUGUCACGCUCCCUUCGGUUUUUGCCCUAGGGGGUUUGCUUGUGGUGGAGAUGUUGUUCGGCAGAUAUAAAUAUCUGAACGCGAGAGGUAGCGGCGAAGAAUCUAGCCCCGCGAGGGCGAGGAGUAGAAGCCGAAGUCCAUCUGGCGCCGCGGUGGCGCGCAGUACGGAUCGAAAAACUAUUCCCGCUGUUUCACAGAGUUCAAACGGAAAAAAGAGCUCGAGAUAUGGUGGCCGAAGCAUCAUUCUCCCGGGGAUGGAGACUAGCGGCGAACAAGCUGUGGUCGCCGAGUCGCGGGCUAGCGGCGAGAGAGCUCCUAGCCGCGUGGGAUCGAGG